AUGAAAGAUCAGAAGCGAUUGAAUCGAAAGCCAAACCGAGUGUUUAAAUCAAAGUUAAUUCAUUGCGAUUACAAAGACUGCGACUUUAAGACCCAAUCGGACGCAAGACUGGCCACUCAUAUGAAAAGACACGACAAUCCAAAGACCGAAGCCUAUAGACAGCUAAGGCUAGACCUUAACCGCCGGUGCUAUGACUCGACUACCAAUACCUAUAGCUGUGGUCAAAGCGGUUGUCUCAAGACAUUCACAAAUUAUAACGCAGUCAGAGAUCACAUGACUUAUAUCCACAAAAGUCGGGACAUUGUCUGCGAUUACGCCGAUUGUAAUAAAGUGUUCAAAACUAAACACCUCUUAAGACUCCAUUUCAAUAAUAUGCACAAAACAGACAAACCGUUUAAGUGUCCGCACAAUGAAUGCGGUAAAGAGUUUGCGUACAGACAGCGAUUGGACACUCAUUUGGUGAGUCACACGACUGGUCGGCCAUUUGUGUGCGACUUCGAUGGCUGCGCGAAGAGCUAUAAGAAUCGAUUGUCACUCACGACACACAAACGGAUCCAUUUGAGUGAACCCACCAUUAAGUGCACUGUCGAGGGCUGUUAUGAACGCUUUCACGCACACAAACACAUGCAUAAACACCGGCAAACUGUCCACUCUAUACGGCCUUAUAAAUGGCGUCCACCGCCCGGCUAUAAACCCACGUGUCUUUGGCCGGGCUGUGACUUCACCUCCAAAACCAAUUAUCAGCUCAAUGUCCACCAGCGGACACAUACCGGUGAAAAGCCGUAUGCCUGCGAUUGGCCCGAAUGUGGCCAUCGGUUCGCCCGACGCAGUCAUAUCAAAGACCACAUGAAUGCCCACAAGAAUGUGAAGCCAUACGCCUGUCAUUGGCCCGGAUGUCAGCACCGGUGCAGUCAUAGGAGUAAUGUUAACAUUCACUACAAACAAGUGCAUCAAAAGUGA